AUGCCCGAAGUGAAUGGAGUCGUCAAGGAGCCGAGUCAACCAGACGGGGUCCGCCCUGCUCAGGGCCGAGUAUCCAGCGCUUCCAUGAUGCGUUCAGUUUUGUCCUCUUCCGAGUCCUCACCCUCGUCUGAGUCCGUACCUUGGUCCUCGGCGAUCGGUCACGCCGGCACUGGGAAGUCAGGCAGAGUAAUCGAGCGACUUCAAGGAGACAUUGACCGCCUACGGCGCGAGAAACAACUGCUUAAGACGCGGCUCGAGGAAGCAGAGAAAGAGAAUGAGACCUUGAAGACACGGAACCAAUCACUGCAGGAUCGGGCGAGCAACUACGAGCAGUCUCACGAAGCAAAUCUUCGGCAACUGACACGCAGGGAGAGGCAAGUUGAAGAGCUCCGUGAGGAGCUGCGGAAGGAGAAAUUGAAAACUACAGCUGCCGAAGCCCAAGCUGCUGCGGCAGCUUCAAAUGAGGAGGUUUGGAGAGAUCACGCCAGCCAGGCAAAGGCUCUUGCCGUUCAAAAAGAAGUAGAAUACGAAACCGUGGUGGCAUGUCGGAAGGUGGAUUACGAUCGACACCAAAGUGGGUUGAACAAGAUCAGGUCCAGUUUUGAUACUUUACUACGGAGACAGCAAGAUGAUCUGGACAAGCAACAGAAAUUGGAAAUCAUCGCCGAGCAGCAACGGCAGACUAUUGCCCAGCUCGAAGAGCUCACCAAGAGACUAACGACGAACUUCAAGGCCUACAGAUAUGAAGUCGACGCUGCCAUCUCGGAACUCCGUCACGCCGCAAUCAACAAUGAUCAAGCAUUGACUCAGAAGCUGGAUGAAAUGACCGAAGUGACAGGAAGGAUGCGAUGGGUCAUGAAAGUCGACGAUAUUGUCAAUCAUAACCAUCCCGAUCCGGUACAAGAACAACUUCAGCUUUCACGAAGAGAUCGUGUCUCAAGACCGCCUUCUGCGCACGAUGAAUUUUCGAAGAGAAGCCGCAGCCCUACGAAGAAUGUGCUCACCAAACAUAGGCGGAAAGAGUCUGCGAAGGCUUCUAGAUGA